CCAGGAAAGGCGUAUUAAUCCAUCCCAGUCACUCACGCCCCGGCUUGCUGCUGGAAUCGAACCUGUGCUGCUGUAGGUCCAAUUUGCAGGACUGUCUACGUUGAGCCAUGUCUUCCGCUGGUUUCCAAAUCAUGGGCAUGGCCCUCUCGGUGUUGGGCUGGAUCGGGGCGAUUGUCACUUGUGCCCUGCCCAUGUGGAAGGUCACCGCUUUCAUCGGCACCAACAUCGUGACUGCUCAGAUUACCUGGGAGGGGCUGUGGAUGAACUGUGUUGUGCAGAGCACCGGCCAGAUGCAAUGCAAGGUCUACGACUCCAUGCUCGCCCUGCCCCAGGAUAUACAAACAGCCAGGGCCCUCACUGUCAUCUCAGUGCUCCUUGCCGUCCUGGCCCUGAUGGUCUGCAUAGUGGGAGCCAAGUGCACCAACUGUGUGGAGGACGAGAAUGCCAAGGCACGCAUCAUCAUAGUCGCCGGCGCCACCUUCGUAGUGGCCGGAGUCCUUUACCUCAUCCCCGUCUGCUGGUCGGCCAACACCAUCAUCCGUGAGUUCUACAGCCCGUUGGUGAUCGAAGCUCAGAAGAGAGAGCUGGGUGGCGCCCUCUACCUGGGUUGGGCGGCGGCUGCCCUGAUGAUCCUCGGAGGGGCACUGUUAUGCUGCAACUGCCCCAAGAGACAGGGCAACAACUACAGCGCCAGGUACACAGCUGCCGUCUCGCAGCCCCGCAGCGAUUACCCCAGCAAGAACUACGUGUAGGAGCGCCACAUUGGGAACGAAGCUGUUACAUCGUUCUGCAAGCUCUCUACUGUUACGUCCCCUUAGAGGAGCAGGACUGCAUCCCUUCUGGGGUGCCACACCGUGAAUGCCCCUGUUGAGAACAGAACAUCCUGUUCCAAGACUUCACAAAGCUCUUGGACCUUCAGUAUUUCCCCCUCACUGUAACUACACCCAUUGUAUAGAUUUUCACCCCACGGAAGUCGGAGUUCAUCGUUUGGAGAACAUCUUUGACGUGUGAUCAAUGUUCUCAACGUAGGCAGAGAAGGUACUGGAUCUCAAGAGUCCUCUUUCCGAGUAGUUUGUGAUAGUUGUGUGUUGUGAUCUUUUCUGUCCUGGAUUCUCAACCUGGGAAACUCAACGAGGAACUGAUACUGCCAACAAUGCCCUGAAGAUCAUGUCCUGUUUGACAGGUGCUUCCUUUUGGGGGGGGUGGAGUGGAAACGAGUAUUCUGAACCUGAAGUCAAUUCAAGCUGUGAUGUGAUGUACAAUUCUGUUUUUGGAACGAAGGGGAAUGUGGCUUUUUAGACUCUUGUUUUGUUAACUUGUCGCAAUUGACCUUGCAUGCAUUUCACACUGGAUUUCAGUUUGUUUCCCUUCCUCUUUUUUAGUAUAACCUGAAUAAAAAUCAUUUGCUUUUGUAUAUA